ACCCGCACAUGUGACGUUGGCCUUAGGAAGCCGAGAGAGAGAGGUAAGCUGGACUAAAUUACCCUUGCCCGCACGCCCCUUGGCCCGCCGCCUGGACUCGUCUCGCCCGCGGCGGAUCUCCUCCAUCCGCUCGCCGCGCCGCAACCCGGAGAAGAGACUGCGCUCGGUCGAGCACCACCUGGGGCACAGCGUCCUCGCGACCAUCUCCGGCACGGCGUCCUCCCUCUGCAGCCCCGGUGUCCCUGCGACCGUCGCUGCUGUCCUACUUCGCCACUGGCCACUUUGCCCGGCGACGAGCACCACCAGGACACUAGGUGUAUAUGCAUGUAUAUGCCUACUAACUUCGAUUGCUUUGCAAAAAUUAUUGGGUGUACAUGUGUACACCCAUGUCCUUUACUGGGCCUGCCCCUGACUCUACAUGUCAAGAGACUAUGGCGCCAGGAAGCAAGGCGGAGAGGAAAGCAGCUUUAGAUGCUGGAGCAUGGAUGUUCAAUGUUGUCACAUCUGUUGGUAUCAUCAUGGUCAACAAAGCCUUAAUGGCCACGCAUGGUUUUAGUUUUGCUACAACAUUGACUGGACUUCAUUUUGCAAUGACGACCUUGAUGACAUUAGUAAUGAAAUGGCUAGGAUAUAUUCAGCCUUCCUAUUUACCAUUACCAGAACUAGUAAAAUUUGCCUUUUUUGCGAACCUGUCGAUUGUUGGGAUGAAUGUAAGUUUGAUGUGGAACUCCGUUGGAUUCUAUCAGAUUGCAAAGUUGUGUAUCAUUCCAGUCUUGUGCAUUCUGGAAAUCAUAUUCGACAAAGUUCGUUACUCAAGAGAUACAAAGCUCAGUAUAGUGCUUGUCCUAGUAGGUGUUGCUGUAUGUACAGUAACUGAUGUUAGUGUGAACUCUCAAGGGUUAUUAGCUGCAGUAAUAGCUGUUUGGAGCACAGCACUACAACAACAUUAUGUUCACCACCUUCAAUGGAAGUACUCGCUUGGUUCAUUCAACCUCUUAGGCCAUACUGCUCCAGCCCAAGCAGCAUCAUUGUUAGUAUUGGGCCCUUUUGUGGACUUCUGGUUGACCAACAAAAGAGUUGAUGCUUUUAACUACACAUCAAUAGUUACGUUCUUUAUUGUGUUGUCAUGCAUAAUUGCGGUUGGGACCAACCUAAGCCAAUUCAUAUGCAUUGGAAGAUUCACGGCCGUCUCAUUCCAAGUUCUAGGCCACAUGAAGACGGUUCUUGUGUUGACAUUGGGGUUCCUUUUCUUUGGGAAAGAGGGACUCAAUUUCCAUGUCGCCCUUGGCAUGCUUCUGGCUGUGAUCGGCAUGAUCUGGUAUGGGAAUGCAUCGUCGAAACCUGGGGGCAAAGAGCGCCAGGUUUACUCCACACCGAGUGAGAAAACUCAGAAGCAUGGGGUACUGUCAUCGCAAUCUGAGCUCGACCAGAAGGUCUGAAAUAAAGAUGGGGACGGUGCUCCAAACGGGUACCCGCGGUUUUUCUCUAGUGUAACUUAAUGAACUAAAUGGGAAAAAAUGAGGGAGAAAAUUGUAUAUUUAGUUCAUUUAGUAGAACCGCGCGGGUAUCCAUUUGGAGGGCCAUCCCCAUUUUAGUCUGAAAUGAGACACGCAAAGGCAUCCAGCGCUUGUUGAGCAUUGAUCAACAUGAUUUUAUUUUUAAUACUUUUUUUGAGGGAGAUGUUUCUAUAGAAUUGUAGGCCAUAGCAGAAAGAGUGUACCUGGGCAAAAAGCCCAUGACUUUACGUUUCCAGCGAGUAUGUCAAUCUAAGCUGGUAGAUACUUGAUAGUUAUUCAGCGCAUUCCGCUUUUGGCACCUGCGCCAGAGCUUAU